AUGGCGGACAACAACCCGGAAUUGCAGGCGAAGCUGCGGGAGCUGGACCACGAGCUGGAGGAAGGCGACAUCACGCAGAAAGGGUACGAAAAGCGACGGACCAUCCUCUUGUCGCAGUACCUCGGGUCUGAGCAGCAGGAGCAGCUACAGAGCCAGCUACGCCUUGCCAAUCCAUCAUCUGAGGAAUCUGACUCACGUUCCGCAUCGCUCGCCGCCCUUUCAGGCCCUCCACAGCCGCCCACGCUCGAGCUGCCCCAGGAUGAAGCGCCUUACAGCGCUCCACCCAGGAACAACACCAACGGGGGGAGCCCCCAAUAUAUGGCAUAUCCACCCAGCCAGGUCGGACGCUUUCAACAGAAGCAGCUGGGUCUGCGAACUAAUUCCUUAGAGAGAAGGGCGUCAUACGGUAGCGAGACCUUCAUCCCGCGACCCGGAACCCCCGAGACGUAUCCGUACUCCCGCGACGGUACCAUGGUCGGGUCCAACUUUGCCUUCAAUCCGGACACUCAGGGUGGCUACGAUGGCGCCUAUGGUUCGCCCGGAGGGGAGGGCGUCAGUCGGCAGAGCACGAUGCUGGAUGCGCACCAGGGUUACUUCUCCGACUUUACAGGUCAGCAGAUGGACGACAACCGCGAUUCGUACGGCGGACCGAGCCGAUACUCAUCUGGAGACGCUUUCUCCCCGACUGCUGCGAUUCCACCGCCCAUGAUGACCCAGGGUGAUCUUCCAGGAGGCAUUAUCGAAAGUAUGCUUCCACUCGAGCCGCGCGACCUUCCCUUUGACGUAUACGACCCGCACAACCCGAACAUUCUUAUGUCCAAAUUCGACAACAUUGGCGCGGUGUUGCGACAUCGAGGGCGCGUGCAGCCGCGACAGCCUGCGUUUUGGGUGCUGGAUUCGAAGGGGAAAGAGACGGCAUCUAUAACAUGGGAAAAAGUCGCGAGCCGAGCUGAAAAGGUUGCCAAGGUCAUACGAGACAAGAGCAAUCUGUAUCGUGGAGACCGCGUUGCGCUGGUGUACCGGGAUACGGAAAUCAUCGAGUUCGCCGUGGCGUUGAUGGGAUGCUUCAUCGCGGGCGUUGUUGCAGUCCCAAUCAAUAGCGUGGAUGACUACCAGAAACUCAAUCUUCUUCUGACCACAACCCAAGCACAUCUUGCUCUUACCACCGACAACAACCUGAAGGCCUUCCACCGGGACAUAAGCCAGAAUCGCCUGAAAUGGCCAAGCGGCGUCGAAUGGUGGAAGACCAACGAGUUCGGAAGUUACCAUCCAAAGAAACACGAUGAGACACCUCCACUUCAGGUCCCCGAAGUCGCGUAUAUUGAGUUCUCGCGCGCCCCGACUGGUGAUUUGCGCGGAGUUGUGCUCAGCCACCGUACCAUCAUGCAUCAGAUGGCGUGCAUCAGCGCCAUCAUUACCACUAUUCCAACGGGCGGCAGCUCAGACACGUUCAACACCAGCUUGCGCGACAAGAAUGGGAACUUUAUUGCAAGCCCACCGAGAUCAUCGCCCACCGAGGUCAUCCUGAGUUAUUUGGACCCGCGCGAAAGUGCUGGUCUGAUUCUCGGUGUGCUGUACGCCGUCUAUGGCGGACACACCACAGUAUGGAUGGAAGCGCAGACAGUCGAGACACCGGGAUUGUACGCGCAUCUCAUCACAAAGUAUAAGACUACCAUCAUGGUAGCUGACUAUCCUGGGUUGAAGCGCGCUGCAUACAAUUACCAGACAGAUCCCAUGGCGACGCGCAAUUUCAAGAAAAACAUGGACCCAAACUUCGCUUCGGUGAGGAUGUGUCUGAUAGAUACACUUACCGUAGACACCGAGUUCCAUGAGAUCCUAGGAGACCGAUGGUUGCGACCGAUGAGGAACCCCAGAGCUAACGAGCUGAUAGCUCCUAUGCUAUGCUUGCCGGAGCACGGCGGCAUGAUAGUAUCUGUAAGAGACUGGCUAGGUGGCGAAGAACGCAUGGGCUGCCCUUUGAGCAUGGAGGAAGAGGAACAGAGUGAUGAAGACGAGAAGGUCGAGGAUACACCAACCAACGGAUACUCUAGUCUGAUUGGCGGAGGCAUAACGAAGAAGACAAACCAAAAGAAGAGUCGCACAGAGCUGACUGAGAUUCUGUUAGACAAGGAAGCACUGAAGAUGAAUGAGAUAGUUGUUGUUGCGAUGGGCGAAGAAGCCCGCAAACGAGCGAACGAACCCGGAACGAUGAAAGUGGGCGCUUUUGGGUAUCCUAUACCAGAUGCCACACUCGCGGUUGUCGACCCAGAAACUAGCCUGCUCUGCUCGCCGUAUACUGUCGGCGAGAUUUGGAUAGAUUCGCCAUCUUUAUCUGGCGGCUUCUGGCAGCUGCAGAAGCACACCGAAACGAUUUUCCACGCGCGCCCAUAUCGCUUCGUCGAGGGCAGCCCGACCCCUCAACUGCUAGAGUUAGAGUUCCUACGUACAGGCCUGCUGGGAUGCAUUGUGGAGGGCAAAAUAUUCGUGUUGGGAUUGUACGAAGAUCGCAUAAGACAGCGAGUGGAGUGGGUCGAACAUGGAGUAUUUGAAGCCGAGCAUCGCUACUUCUUCGUGCAGCAUCUUGUUACGAGCAUUAUGAAGACGGUGCCAAAGAUUUAUGACUGUUCUGCAUUUGAUGCUCAUGUCAACGGGGAAUACCUUCCCAUUAUCUUGAUUGAGACGCAAGCCGCAUCAACCGCACCAACAAACCCUGGAGGCCCGCCGCGACAAUUGGAUAUUCCAUUCCUCGAUUCUUUAUCUGAGCGAUGCAUGGAGGUGCUUUAUCAGGAGCACCAUCUUCGUGUUUAUUGCGUCAUGAUCACGGCGCCCAACACAUUGCCGCGUGUGAUCAAGAAUGGCAGGCGAGAGAUUGGCAACAUGCUCUGCAGGAAAGAAUUCGACAACGGUUCGUUGCCCUGCGUUCAUGUUAAGUUCGGCGUAGAGAGAGCUGUGCAGAACAUUGCACUCGGCGAUGAUCCUGCCGGGGGCAUCUGGUCGCCACAAGCUUCCAUGGCGCGCCAGAACUAUCUUUUGUUGCAGGAUAAGCAGUACUCCGGCGUAGACCAUCGCGAAGUAGUCAUCGAUGAUCGCACAUCAACACCGCUAAACCAAUUCUCGAACAUUCACGAUCUGAUGCAGUGGCGUGUAUCACGGCAGUCUGAGGAGCUCGCCUACUGCAGCAUCGAUGGUAGAGGAAAAGAAGGAAAGGGCGUCAACUGGAAGAAGUUUGACCAGAAGGUCGCUGCGGUUGCAGUAUAUCUGAAAAACAAGGUCAAAAUCACAGCCGGCGACCAUGUGCUUCUAAUGUACACCCAUUCAGAAGAAUUCGUUUUCGCCAUCCACGCCUGUUUCGUACUGGGCGCAAUCGCGAUACCAAUGGCACCAAUCGACCAAAAUCGGUUAAAUGAAGAUGCUCCAGCACUUCUCCACAUAAUAUCAGACUUCAAAGUCAAGGCCAUCAUUGUCAACACAGAUGUGGAUCACCUGCUCAAGAUCAAGCAGGUAUCACAACAUUUGAAGCAGUCCGCCGUCAUCCUCAAAGUCAAUCUACCCAAUAUCUACAACACCACGAAACCGACCAAACAAUCCAGUGGCUGUCGCGAUCUUGGAUUGACGAUCAAGCCAGCUUGGGUCCAGACAGGAUAUCCGGUGCUCAUAUGGACGUUCUGGACACCCGAUCAGAGGCGAAUCGCAGUACAGCUUGGGCACAGUACUAUCAUGGCCCUUGGGAAAGUCCAGAAAGAGACCUGCCAAAUGACCAGCACGCGACCUGUUCUGGGUUGUGUCCGUAGUACGAUAGGACUCGGCUUUAUCCACACCUGCAUCAUGGGUAUCUUCUUGGCAGCCCCGACAUACCUUGUCUCACCUGUAGACUUUGCACAGAACCCCAACAUUCUCUUCCAGACGCUUUCACGGUACAAGAUCAAGGAUGCGUAUGCAACCAGUCAAAUGCUUGACCAUGCCAUGGCACACGGUGCUGGCAAGUCUAUGGCUAUGCACGAGCUAAAGAACCUGAUGAUCGCGACCGACACUCGGCCCCGCGUUGACGUUUAUCAACGUGUGCGCAUGCAUUUCGGUUCAGCAAGCCUCGACAGAACAGCCAUUAACACAGUCUACUCGCACGUCCUCAACCCGAUGAUCGCGUCCCGCUCAUACAUGUGCAUCGAACCCAUCGAAUUGCACCUUGAACUGAACGCACUACGCCGUGGUCUUAUCAUGCCUGUUGACCCAGACACAGAACCGCACGCUCUGUUCGUGCAAGAUUCAGGCAUGGUCCCGGUCAGCACACAGAUUUCCAUCGUUAACCCAGAGACCAACACGCUGUCACUCGUUGGCGAGUACGGCGAGAUCUGGGUGCAGUCGGAGGCGAACGCGCAUAGCUUCUAUGGGUCCAAGGAAAGGCUUGAUGCUGAGAGAUUCAACGGUAGAACAUUGGACGGCGAUCCCAAUGUAAGAUAUGUUCGGACGGGCGAUUUGGGGUUCUUACAUAACGUCACGCGCCCCAUCGGACCUGGUGGCGCUCCGGUCGACAUGCAAGUUUUGUUUGUGCUUGGCGGUAUCGGGGACACUUUUGAGGUCAAUGGGUUGAAUCAUUUCUCGAUGGACAUCGAGUCGUCCGUGGAGCGGUGCCACCGGAAUAUCGUGCCUGGAGGCUGUGCCGUAUUCCAAGCCGGCGGUCUCGUCGUAGUAGUCGUCGAAAUCUUCCGUCGCAACUUCCUCGCCUCCAUGGUGCCUGUCAUCGUCAAUGCCAUCCUCAACGAACACCAGCUGGUCAUCGAUAUCGUUGCCUUUGUCAUCAAAGGCGACUUCCACCGCUCGCGCCUCGGUGAGAAACAGAGAGGCAAGAUCCUUGCGGGUUGGGUCACGCGCAAAAUGCGCACCAUCGCGCAAUACAGCAUCCGCGACGGCGGUAUGGACAACAUUUACGAGAGUGCAGAGCCCCAGGGCCGUCCCAGCACCAGCACUUUCCGAAACAGCACCAGCGGCGGUCCGGGCAGUGUGAAAGGCAGCAUGCGCGCAAGCAGUACGUUAGGCAUGACGGCUGCAAUGAACAGCUUACAACUGCAGACGGGCGGCAGCAUGGUCCAGGAAUUGCCAUCGCAACAGCAACAACGACACAUGAGCUUCGGUGCUCCUCUACCACAGGGUGUCUCCGAGUUGCCUGGAGAGCGGUAUACCGAAAGCAUUCCCGAGCUCGGCACAGGCAGCAACAAGGAGAUGCGCGCCGACGAUUUCACGCCAACCGAGCAGAAGAUUCCAGAGUUUCUGCCACGCCUCCUAGACGAUGGUACUGGAAAGCACUAUUCGCCCGUCGACGCGGCGGGUGUCUUCGACUCGCCGAGUGAGCCGUACGGGGCAGGUUUCGAUGCAAAUCACACGCAGUAUGGUGCCUCGGGGCUUUCUACAGCGCCUCUUCCGAGCGUCCUGCGUCCGGGGCCGCCAUCUGAACAAGCUCCGCAGCCUCCGUAUGGGAACAAACCGUAUAUGAAUUACCAGUCUGGGCAGCACCAGCAGCAAGCGUACCUACCACAGCAGUACCACAGCGUUGACGACGGUAAUUCGAAUUGGCCACUGGGCGCAGGAGAGCAGGAGGAGCCGCAGCAGCAGAGAGGCGGCUUGAGAGUCGCGAAUGCGAGUCGCGACUCUACGGAUAGCGAGGCGGAGACCGAGUGGAAGCAGGAAGCAGCUAUGAUGAUGAAUUUCGCGGGCACAGGGCCCGAUUCUAUAGGGAGGUUGAACUAA